CACUUGGUCCACCCCACUCUGCUCACCACAUGCGCGGAACACGCCACCGCUUGUGGUUUCACGCGAGCGCACCCAGGCCAGCAGUGCGCCCCGCUGAUUCCUCUCCGGCCGUCCCGACGUUAUCCAACUCCUGAACACCUCUCUCUCGCCACCUCACCUGAACACCUGCUCGCCCCACCCAUUCCCUCCGCAUGGCCGGCCUCCGCCCUCGCGCCGCCGUAGCUUCGAAUUGCCUCCGACCGGCAAUUCGGCGAGGCGCCCGUCACGCAUCGGGGGCAGCGUUUGGAUACUACACCUGCUGGCAGCUACAGUUCCUUGUCAACAUCAAAACGCAGGGAAAUAUUUUGAAUUGGAGAUCUAUAUCCGCAACUAAAAAGCUCUGGAGUACAGUAGCUAGUGCAAAGCCUGAUGAUUCUAAAUUUGAAAGUGUGGAUGCACCACUUGAGCCCCAAACAUGUGAAGGCAGCUUCUUGUGUGGUCUGUUGAAGAACCUGCCACACAUUUUUCUAGCUGCAGCAGCAAAGCAGUUGCAAGAACUGUCUUACCAAAGAGAAGAGAGCUUAAAACGCUGGGAGCAUAGUAUUGGUUCUAAAGAGGAUUGCCUUCACAGGAGGAUUGCUGAACUCAAGGAACACGAGUGUCAGAGAGCUAUUGAGGACGUCAUGUACAUGUUGAUUGUUUAUAAGUUUUUUAAGAUUGAAGUUCCAAUGGUUCCCAAUCUAUCGAAACUCAUAAGCAACAGAAGGUUACAGUUAUGGCCACCAAGGGAGACAGAUCUUGAAUCCAUUCAUGGACCUGAGGUGCUAGAGCUAAUUAGGGAACACUUGACCAGCAUUAUCAGAUGGGUGCACAGAAAUGGUCCCAAGAUCAAUCGUUCAACACUUCGCAUUAAAAGACUGCAAUUUGUUCGGAUAUAUUCUGCUUCAAUAAUGUACGGAUACUUCCUGAAAUCUGUCAGCAUCAGGCAUCGAUUGGAGCUGACCCUCACUCGCUCAGAAGGAGUGCCUCCGAUUCAAUUUCUGAAUGCUCAACUCACAAAUAAACAAGAGCAGGAAGGGGCCAUUGGAGGCUCUAGUGAAGCUUCGUCUUCUUUGAGACCAAGUUCUGUGGUCAACCCACACGACUUGAGGGGCUACAUAAUGGGAUUCGAUCCAAAGACCUUGCAGCUUUGCGCGAAGCUGCGCUCAUCGGAAGCUUCUAAUCUCAUCGAGAGGCACAGCUGGGCUCUUUUUGGGGGCGACAUGGAACUCUCCCAGGAGAAUGAUGAAGCGGUUAUACUUGAUCCUUCAUCCCUGAAAAGACUACUGCUUGAAGCCAUCGCAUUCGGUUCCUUCCUCUGGGACGUCGAGGAUUAUGUGGACGAGAUCUUCAAGUUAUCGGAUAGCUGAAGAAACUGCUACAGAAAGCUCCUACAGCCUUUGUGGUUGUGGAUAGAUGAAGCCAGCUGAAAAGAGGAGCUGCAGUUCUUUUCUCUAGAUUUGUAUAUAUGGCUGGCUGUUAUGUACAUGCAUAUACAUCUUCAUCUCAAGUUUGCUUUUUGGAGGGAAGCUUGGACGUGCCCUACAAGUUUUUUUUUGUAAGUUAUGUCAUCUUACACUAGUACACAAUAGCAUCAGCCUAUCAACGCAGAGGACGUGUGACAUAAUUUUAUGGUCCCAAAAUAACUGGGCAUUUUGCUAAUCUAGAACGACAUUAUUUUGGAAUGAAAUGAGUUGUAUCAGCAUUUGUACCUUCAAAUUAGUUUAGUUUGAAAGCAUAAAUCUGAUAGGCCUAUUGGGCUUCCGGUUGCA